ACUUUACUACACCGGUUUUUAAAAUUUCAUCGAAAUUGUGAAAAUGUGCUUAAGCCAUAGAUCCUGAUCUUUCGACUUCAAGUUGAUUUGUAUUCCUUCAUUACGUUCAAUUCUUGCACUUUGCCAAGAAACAUUCAUUAUACCGAGGCUGGUUUUCCUCGCCAAGACAAAGAUAUCACAACUGCAGAGGAUUUCAGGGAGAAAAAAUAAGAAGGGAAAAUCGCAGCGGAAGAGCUUCUAUUAGGUUGGGAGCGAUACCUGUGUCGCUGCGGGUGACUCAUCGUGGAGGAAUCGAUUUAGGAACUGCAGGACAGGGCCUAUCCGAGGGAUUGAACUUGCAGCUGGACUGUUUUAUGAUUUUGGUGAUAGCAGAACAUCAGUAUAGCAGCACAAUAUUGAACACGAGGAGCCACGCACAACAUUCUUACCGGAGAAUGGAUACAUACUGACACGGCAAGACCCUUCAACGAUUUUUUGCCAACUACUCCUGAUGGAUUCGGAGGAAAAAUUCACAUACACAAAACAAAAUCAGGAGAGCUUAACGACGCCAUUCCAGAUUUGCUCGACGACAUCGACAAUUUGAUAGAACUUGACUGUGUCACUCGUGAAAGAAAAUUAUGAAAAGUUAUUUGAAGCAUCUUCUUCUGCCUCUUCAAACACCAUCCCCGGGUACGAAACCUCGAUCUCGGUCCGAAUCCCGGUCUCAAUCUCAUACUUCAUCCGAAAAGAACCCCGAAGUUAAAUCCAAGCCGAAACCUGGAAUCGAGCCCCAGUUAUCAAGUCAAAAGAGCAGGAUACCCGCAUCUCGUCGCCCAAGUACCUCACGGCCAAAGAUGGCUUCUAUUUCCAGAUCCCGCUCAGUGAUGACAUCCGAUGAACUCACAGCCCAGAGACUCCAAGCCCAAUGGGAUCGCGAGAAUGAUCUUCUUCGAACGCAUCUACUUGAGGCUCAAAGAAUGCAGGCUCAAAUUGAAGAAGAGCAAGCUGCGUCUCUGGCAAGACGUGCGGCCCGUAUUAAGAGGGACAUGGAGGAGGCUAUCAGAAUCGCUGCCGAGUGGGAGAAUGAGGACAGACGUGCUGCCGCUCUAGAGCGAGAAUUAGAGGAGCAAGAGAACUUUGCGAGGGAAUUGCUCCGAAGGGAUGAAGAGGAUUUAGCUGCAGCGCAGGCCGCUCAAGCUCAAUGGGAAGAAGAAAUUCGGGAACAGGAGGAACAAGCGAGAAGAGCGGCUGAGGAUGAAGAAAGAAGAGCGAGAGAAUCAAUGAGAAGAAGAGCGAGCGAGGAUGGAGAAAAAAUAGCAAGAGAAGCGAGGAGAAGAAGAGCGAGCGAGGAUGGAGAAAAGCUUGAAGUGGGAGAAGAAGAGCUGCUGCUGCCGGCUAGAGCUACGAUGGAGAAAGAGACAGCAGCUCGAAAGGAAUCUGAAAGGAAGAUCAGGCUCGAGACAGAACGAUUGCAAUUACAGCAAGUUGAGGAGCAAGCCAAGUUGGAACGAGAACGACGAGCAAAGGAAGCCGAGAAAGAAAGCUGCGCAGUACAGAUGCCAACAAGGCGCGCGAGCUUGCGGAGAAAGACGAAAAGGCAAAACAAGCCGAUUGUGUAUCCGUAAGCUCCAUCAGUUCAUUAAAUCCUUUAGUUUUGUUACCUAAUGCAGCUUUCCGACGUCUGACCCAUUUUUAUGUUUCCUUACACACACUCCUUGUACUUGCUAAUACAGCCCUAACCCCUCGGUUCCUCAUUUGUCUUCCUUUGAUAGGUAGUACUGAUACUAAGAUCAUGCAGUGCCUGGAGACAGGAGAAAGAGCCAACAUGUGUGUCCUGUCUUGUAAACACGCCUACUGCGGAGAAUGUAUCGCGGGUAAGUAAAAUCCAAAUAUCCUCGCACAGACACUGACAUGAACAGCGGCCUUCCAAACCGCCUUCUCAUCCAAAAAGCGAUUUAAAUGCUGCAAAUUGAAUGUCCCCAUCAACCCCGCUUCUCGCUGGCUUAAAAAGACCUUCAUCGCCUCCUAUAAAAUGCUAAUUCUCGAGCAAUCUACCAAGGAUCCCCGUUACUGCUCCACCAAAAAUUGCGCAAAGUUUAUCCCACCCGCAAACAUACAUGGAACCAUCGCAGUUUGUCAAGCAUGCAAACAUCGUACGUGCGCACCUUGUGGUAAUGCAGAGCAUUCUGGUGUAUGCAAAGAGGAUAAGGAGGGCCGAGCGGUACAGGCUCUGGCGGAUAAAGAGGGCUGGAAAAGUUGUCCUAGUUGCAAGUUCGUCAUUGAUAAGAAUGAAGGUUGUCUGCAUAUGACUUGUAGAUGUCUUUUUGAGUGGUGUUGGGAAUGUAAGAGAGAGUGGAGUAAAUGCAAUAGCACUUGCAAGAGGAGAUAAGGAACGCGGUGACUAUAUAUAUAUAUAUAUAUAUUCCAUUUUUGGAAAAUGAAAUGAGGCAAUAAAUUUUGUUCCA